CAUAAAUAGCGACAUCUAUUGACGGUGGAAAGUUCAACUAACCAAAACAAAAAAUCUUUUUCUCAAAAUAUUGACAAUUGAAUUGUUAUUGUCUAGUAUUACCGAUUUUUUGAAUUCUUUUUUCUUUAAGCCUUUUUUUUUAUCCAUUAGGUGAUAUUAGAAAGUGAAUAGUGAUAAUCAUGUCUCACAUUGGAAUCGCUGGGAUAGAAAGAAAAAUUAAACAACAGCAAACAGAGACUGAUAAAAAUAUUUCGGAGUCUUUUCAAGAUUUAAAUAAAUUGAUGGAGAAAGCCGGUGACAUGGCUCGUUUAGCUCAAGGAAUGGUUCAACUCUUGAAAGAAAAAGGAAAUAAAGAGAUUUCCAAAGAUGAAACUGUUCUCUUUAAAUCAUAUCUCCUCAAUUUAGGUAUUAAUGAAGGUUUGGAGGAUUUGGUUACACGGGAAAAGUAUGCAAAUGAAAGUCACUAUUUCCGUGAUCUUGGUAAACAAGUGGCCUUAGUGAUUAAACCAAUGAUUGAUAAAAGUGAUGGGAUCAUGGCUUUAGCUGACAUCUUUUGUGCGGUCAACCGAUCUCGAGGUCUUGACCUGAUUUCAUCGGAGGAUCUGCUCAAUGCCUGUUACACCCUCAAGAGCCAAAGGUUGGGCUAUAGUCUAGUUAAAUAUGAUUCUGGUUUAAUGGUUAUCCAAGCUGACAAUUGUAAUCAAGAGUUAAUGAACCAAGAGACGUUAAAAAUCAUCAAAGAAAAUUGUGUUGAUCUAAAGAAACCCGGAUUAACGGCUAAUCAACUGGCUCUUCACCUUGGUAUUAGUCUUUCACUUGCUCGUCAGCGAUUGUUAAAUUGUGAAAAUCAAGGUUUCGCUUGUAGAGAUGAAUCUAUUCAAGGAUUAGCUUUCUUUCCAAAUAAAUUUAUACAUAAUUGAAUUGACUAUGAAAAAUGGAAACAAUCAACAAAUCUAACAGUUAGUAUUUCUAAAAGUUAAAUUUGAUUCUUGUUCAAAAAUGAGGUUUCUAUUGUUUUCUUUUUCCUUUCUGUCAUGUUAAUCAUUUCGAUUGGUUUAAAAGCCUUAAAAUUGAAAAUUACAAUGAGGAAUAGCCAAGAAUUGGAUUGACGAGAUUGAAAAAAAUAUCUUUUUGUACAAUUUUGUUUCAAUUAAUUGAGAAAACAUUAAAUUGCCUAAAUCGA